GCAUGUUUGCCAGUAAAUCACAUAACACAUCUCAACACCUGAUCCUUUUGUUAUUUGUUAUUUUAUUUAUUUCUGAUUUUCUGUUAUUUUUCAUAAUUAUUGCGACCCGAAUCAUGAUGAAUUUAUGGCCAGUGCUUCGUUAAUCAUGCGAGAAGUAAUGUGAACUUUGUGAAGAGCGAUUUACCUCGGUUUCUUUACAUCUUGAAAUCUGUCUACCUCACAACAUGGCUGCGUGUGAGGUUCAGACUACCCCAAAUACUAAUUCGGUAUUGAAUAAUAUCGAAACGUUCAUGCAAGAUGCAGCAUAUCGUGAAAUGAUAGAAAAUUCGGCCACGUAUAAUACCAGAUUAUGUAUAGAGAGGAAGCUUCGAAUGCCAUUCUUGGAUGCCCAAACAGGCGUGGCUCAAAACCAUUCUAAUUUAUUUAUGAGCGACCGCCAACGAAUGCCUGGAUUGCAAGAUGGUCAAGUUUUCUCCUAUCCAGCGAAGCGAUGGAGGAAGAAACGUCGUCAGUAUUUAAUGCAUUUCCUUCAACCGAAACGCAAAGAAAACGGAGAUUUAGAAACAGGAGAUAGCCAUGUUAUCAACAGUGCCGAAAAUACUUCUGUUAUUUUGAACGAAGAUAGUAAAGAUAGUCUUGGCGGAGGUUCUUCGAAAGAUGAUCCGGUUUCGAAGGAUGCUUGGUAUUACGAUGAUAUUGAAAUGCAAGAAAUUGAAGGAUACGAUGAACCUGAUCCCGACUCUGAUUACGAUUACGAGGAUACUUAUGCUAAAAAACGUAAACGACGGUCGACAAAAAACUCCCGAGGCGGCGUCUCCGAUUCCCCGAUGCGAAGAGGCACCAAGGGUUUCGGAAGAGGCCGCCGAAGAGGAAUUAAUUACACUCCAGAUUAUAGCGUUGAUUCGGAUAAACCUUAUAAUUGCGAUAUUUGUGGAGCACGAUACAAAACACGUCCCGGACUUACUUACCACUACACCCAUUCGCAUAAAGAUAAGGCAACCCAAGAAGACGAAGGUAGCUUAGAAGGAGCACCAGGAUCACCUAGUAUGUCUCGAGAUGGCAAAAUACCGCCACCGAACGUACUGGCUAUGUCGAAAGAGAAUCCUAUGGGAGUUGGACCAGGUGGCGGGCCACCUAUGCCGAUGAAUGCCGGUCCUCCUAUGCAUAUGCCACCUCAUCCAGAUGCCGGCCAAGGUCCAGGCGGUUGGGGCAAAUUCCAGGACAGCUAUUUGACCUUCUUGCAUGCUGCUCCAGGAUCAUCGAACGCAGGUGCUGGUCCCGUCCCUGGUCCAGGUCCAGGUCCAGUUCCAGGACAAGGUCCUAACAAUCCGAAGAAAAUGUCUCGUUAUCCACAGCCACAAGUGAUGCUUCCGCAGAUGGCUAAUGCAUCUCAGCCACAUAACAACGAGCAUCCAGGAGCACCUGGUAUGUCAUCUCGUAUACCACCGGGUGCUAAUCCUGAAGAUGAAUCAUCAUCUGAGUCGGCUGGAAAAGAAUAUAUGUCCAAGAAUUCGUCUUCAGCUUCAGUAUUGAAAGUAGGAAAUGAAAAAGGGAAAGCAAAUCCAUCACCGUAUUGUGAUUUUUGCUUGGGCAAUGAAGAAUCUAACAAGAAAUCUGGUCAGCCUGAAGAACUCGUAUCAUGUUCUGAUUGUGGACGCUCUGGUCAUCCAACGUGUCUGCAAUUUACGCCGAAUAUGAUCAUAUCAGUGAGGAAAUACCGCUGGCAGUGUAUCGAAUGUAAAUGUUGCUCGAUUUGUGGCACUUCUGAUAACGAUGAUCAGCUGUUGUUCUGCGACGAUUGCGACAGAGGUUAUCACAUGUAUUGUUUGGCUCCUCCAUUAUCAGCACCUCCCGAAGGGUCUUGGAGUUGCAAAUUAUGUAUCGAGGAGUUCCAUUCGAAGUAAAACUUGGCUUCUCCAUUCCCUUCCCCUCGUUAGUUAUGUUUUGAAGAAAGUCUACAGGUGUUAUGUUUAUCUAUUUAUGUGUGACGCUUCUGAAAUGCAUUAUUUUGUUUUCUUUUCUGGUGAAGCAUUUAUUUAGGUUUUAAGAUACUCCAGGUUCCCCUCAUUUGUUAUUUUGUUUUCAGUCUCUGAUUCUGUUACCUAUAAUAAGAAAUUACUGUACUUUUACUCGGUAUUUUUUAAAAAUUUAGUGGAUUCUCCGAUUGUUUAGUAAUUGAUGUUGUGAUCCUCGAAUGUGAUUUUUAGUUAUGCCAUAGAUUAAUUUAUAUACUAUGAAUCAGUUGACAAGUACAGUACAUACCAUAUUAUGUACAUACGUAUUUAUUAGUCUUGCUCCUGCGCAACAAGAUCCUUCCUGACCUGCGUGGUACAGCUUGAUGCUCGCGCAUGUCAUGGCGCCUGCGCAACGAAUUCCUUCCUGUUCCCCUGUAAUGCUCAACGUGCACUGCGCAACGACUUCCUAUCCCCGUUCUUUCCUAAAUGCCAAUUGCCAUGUCGUAUCAACACUAUCUUUGAAUUACCUCCAAAACCAUUUCAAAAACUAGCUUUUUUUUUGUCAAAAGUCAAAAUAGUGUGCAAAUUUGGGUUUUUAGUCGUCUAUGUUAUAAAUUAAUCUAUGGUUGGGCUUAAUUGGCAGUAUACGUAUCUCCAAUAACCAAAUUUGAAUAAAUUGGCAAAAUUACUCACCUGUACGUUUGAACUCUGAUUAUAUUUUGUAUCAAUUUAUGAAUUAUUAUCGAGAUAUAUGCCCAAUUGAAAUUGAUCAUUUUAAAAUUAUUUUGUUACCUCGAUCACUAACAGAAAUUAUUCUCUAUACUCUCCAGAAGCAUUUAAAAAAUAUAAUCGGUACUUUUUCCAUUCUCAUUAAACGUGGAAAUAAACAUUCCAAAAUCGUCUGUAGCCUGAUUCUAGAGCAGUUCCGAAAUUGCAAAUUGAGCCAUGGUCAACUGCAAAAUGAAUUUUGGAUACUGGACUGUGUUUUUUUGUAACGUUUCUAAACUUCUGAAAGUUGAUAAUUUUUUUUUUUUUUUGAAAAAAAUAAUCUGUACUUGUGUAACGAUUAUUAAGGUACAAAAUUUAGUUUGAACCAUUCUCGUCGCAGCAAGUAAUGCGACUCAGGAACGUAAUUAUGAUUAAGAUUGUUUUCCCUUUGUGUUUUUAAUCUGAUUUUAAAUAUCAGAGUUUUUUUUUUAUUUAGUAUUUGUGCGAUUGAAUUGUGUAAUUUAGUUUUAUAAAUAAUAAAGAUAAAGAUUGCAUUGUGAUUAAAUUGAGUUUGAAGUUUGA